GAGUGACUGACGUCUAGGAACAAUUUUACCAGCUGUCAGCCAUCGAUUGUGGGGAAAUUCUGUUUCAUUAAGAAAUAAUAAAUUUCGGGGAGGGUUUUUGUGUCUGGCUCUGGAUUAUUGUGGCAUUUUACGAGUGUGCGGGCACCAUCUCGGGGGUUUUCAGAGAGGAAAAUGUCGCACGUUACAAACGACGUGGUCCAGAGCGGCGCGUCUUCAUCGGCAGUACUUCCCAGUUUGACCGUGGAAUUGCCCAGUGAAGAACCGGGACAUUCAGGGGCUUCCAGUCGACACAUGAAUGUUUUGUCUUUGAGCGAUGAUGAUCUACCACCCCCAAAACCAGAUUUCUCAGCUCCUCCGCCAUACGAACUGGCGACUAAAUUGCCAAGUUACGAGGAAGUUCAGCGUGAAAAGACUCUGCAGGGAGAGCCCAUUCCCAAUUCAAUGAAUUUGAGUGGUCUCAGAGCCCAACAGCCAUUGACCAUCCUGGCCAUAGACCCCAGUGCUACAGAGGGUGAUCCAGAGAGUGGAUUACUUGGCACUGAUUUCACAUUCUUUACAGCUUUUUUGCUUGCAUUUUUCUUCAACUGGAUUGGUUUCCUUCUAUCGAUGUGCUUCUGUCACACAAUCGCCGCACGAUAUGGAGCUUUAGCUGGAUUUGGACUUUCUCUGACAAAAUGGACACUGAUAGUUAAGCACUCAACAGACCUGGCAUCGCGUGCUAACUCGUGGUUGUGGUGGUUGAUCAUGGCACUGGGAAUCCUCAUUUGCUUACGUGCAAUCACCCAGUACUUGAAUAUCAAGCGUGGAUGGAAAUUGCUGUCUGGGAGUGCUCAAGAGCGUUUGCUCUUUUUCUAUUGAAACUAGAAGGAAGGACGAGGGAGAAAAAUUGAAUCUUCCCCUCCACCCACAGCAUAAAACAAGAAGAAAUACUGAAUGAAACCCACUGGCACUUUAGACUGCCUAGCAUUUCUAUUCGGGUUAUUUGCACGUUAUAAUAAGCAGAAAACAACAAAACCACCCAUAAACAAUAUUACUUGAUAGACUAUACUAUACAAUUGUAAUAAAUAGAGGGAGUGAUGGAAAAAGGCUUACGAUGAGAUUUGACAGAGAAGGAAUAACAAAUUUUUUAACGACUUAAAAAUUAUUCAUCGAAGUACAAGAGUCCAAAAGAUGUCCAAAGAAUUGAACUGAAAUUAUUGCGCGACGUGAUUGCUAGUUUAAACGAAUCAAAAAAUUAUUUAACGUGUUUUGAAAAUGCUUGAGGUAACACUGCGUGCUUAUAUUCUUUUAUUUGUAAAUUUGUAAUUAAAUCUGAGGAGUUUCAUUUUAUUUUUCAAAUUUUUUGAUUGUUAUUAUUUCCUUUGGGCUUCGUUCUGAGGAACGUCUGUUGCUGUAUUCAAUGUGUCAAGUGCUUUUUUUUCGGCUGAAUAAAUUCAACGCACGCAAUAAUCAUGUAAUACUCGUCGUUCAUGGGAUUUAAUUACGCCAGAUAAUGGGAUAAAUCGGUAAUAAAUUGUAGAGCAUGAUUAAUUUAGUUCGAUCGAGCUAAUAUUUGAGAGAAUGUGUGAUCAAUAUUCCCAAACACAAGUAUUUAGUAAUACGAUCAUUAACCAUUAGGGGAUGAAGAGAAAAA